GAUAGCGUGCGUAUCGGCGUCAUUUACGCAAGCAAAUACUCAGGAUACGCCAGCUUCGUCAUCAUUUUGGCGUAUAUUUACGCAUACUAAUUACAGUUUACGCAUUUAGUGAAACAAAUUUGGCGUAGGCAAUGUUUACAUUGACACCGAUAAAAAUGACAGACUGGUUAGCGUACUGUUCUAUAAAGGUGUGUUAUUUUCUCAGGCUGGGUUUAUAAUUGCAAACCAGUUGACAUUGUAUCACAUUGUAUCACUGAGACGCUCGGUAAUAGAUGUAUAUAAGAUAAAUCAAGCGUCUGUCACGUUAUUGAAGUAGACGAAAAAAUAUUGUCAAAUUUUAUCAAAUUAUCAAAUCGUUUACAUCGAAAAUGUCUUGUUCAAAACCCAAACAACGAAAAAUCGACACAUUCUACCGUGUAACAAGCCCAGUGUCUUCUCAGUGUGUUAUUCAGCCAAUUAUUGAAGACAUUUUGACUUUUGUUUGCAAGAGCAAAAAAACUCAUACGACAGCAUUAGACGCUACGAUCAAAUCAUGGUGUAAAGGUUUCCCGUGGCUGUCUGUAACGUCAGAUACGACAGAUGUGCGUUUGAAAUGUGCCUUGUGUUGUAAGCACAAAAUGGGUGGAAAAUGGGCCACAGAAGGGGUUCUCAACAUCCAAAAGUCUAACAUUGAACGGCACUGUACCAGCAGAGAACAUCUUGAUGCUGAAAGGGUGGAAAUAAAAAAAUCAUCUGGUAUAAUUUCUGAGUCAGAGAAUGAAGAUGAUGUUGGUGAUUUGUCAAAACAAGAUUUAUUUCUUUUCCGCACCAUAUAUUGUCUUAUGAAAAGUGAAACCCCCCUAAAUAGAUUAGAUACUAUACUAGAGUUACAGCGACUAAAUGGUGUUGACCUAGAGUAUCAGAACUUAAGCUGGACAACAGUUUCUGAAAUUCAAAAUAUCAUUGCAGAUGGGUUUACAAAGGACCUUGUUAGUGAAAUUAAUUCUUCAAACUUUUAUGCAAUUCUCAUUGAUGAAAGUACUGACAUUAGGGUAAGCAAAAGGUUAUCAAUUUGUGUAAGAUAUGUAAAGAAUGGGCAACCAGUCACAACCUUUCUAGCAAGUACAGAAAUCAGUGAUGGAGGUGCAUAUACUGUUGUAGGGGCAGUGCAUAGUGUUAUUUUAUCGUUAGGGUUAGACUUAACAAAGUGUGUCUCUCUGGCUACCGAUGGGGCAAGUGUUAUGAUGGGAAAAAAGACUGGUGUAGGCGUCCAAAUGAAAGCCAAAUUUUCUCCAUACAUGACACAAACCCACUGCAUUGCUCAUAGAUUGAACCUGGCAAUAGGUGAUGCCAUUAAGAAGAAUGAAACUUUGAAAAAAUUUAAACAGAUGUUUGAAACUUUGUACCAUUUCAUGUCUGCAUCAACUUUACGGAUUAAUAAACUUAAGGCUGUGCAGGAUAUACUUAAUGAACCUGAAAUAAGUAUUAAGGAGCCUCAUUCAAUCAGAUGGUUAGGGCUUAAAAAAGCUGUAGAAGCUGUAUAUGAUUGUUAUGGUGCCUUGUUAGUAACUCUUUCAUCAUUUGCUUGUGACAAUCCAACUGCAAAGGGACUUCAUAAAUAUUUUUCCACAUACAAGUCAGCAUUACUGAUAGGAUUAAUGAUGGACAUACACACAGAACUGGGUGUACUAUCAUGUGAGUUACAACGCCAAAGCCUUGUCUUCUCAGAUGUUUAUCCACUUCUCGAAGGAACAGUUGGAAAGUUGGAAUAUAUGAAAGAACAUGAUGGUAAUGGUUUACAUGAAAUGAAAGACAGCAUCGAGUUUAAAACUCAGUCAGAUGAUGAGGGAGAACCAAAGCCAUUUUAUAAGGGUGAAAGUUUGAAAUAUUAUAAAAAAGGUAACUCUGAUUCUGAAUUUCAAGCUGUGAAAAAUGAUUACAUUGACAGUUUAGCCAGAAAUAUUAAGAAAAGAAUCAGUAAAGUUGACUGUAAUGUUUUAUGUAGUUUAGGACUCUUGCUGGAACCUGCCUCUUAUAGUACAGAAUGUGAUAAUGCUGUAGAGUAUGUAGCACAAAUGUAUGGUACACAUAAAGUAACAAAGAAAACAGUUGAAGAUGUUGUAAUAGAAACUCCUUACUUAAUGGUGAUGAACUGA